ACCAAAGAGCAUGCGCAAAGGAAUGGCCAAAUGACACCAAAGUUGUGCGACUCAUAACAGCAAUGGCGAGCGGAAAAAAGAGUGUUCCCUUGUCUUCGUUGGCGGUUUACGAUUCGGAUCCCGAUUCCGAUGCAGAGGCCGGAGAAACAGAGAUCCAUGGUGGGCUUGUGUCAGCCAGCUAUGGGGAUGAUGAUGUCAACCGGAUGGAGGAGGGUGAAGGAAGGGACUCUGCAGACGAGGACAGCGGUGACAGCUCCAGGAAUUCGGAAGAGGACGAAUCAGACCUUGAGGGGGGAGACCAAGAUGAUUUUAAGGAAAUUUCGGAAAGUGAGAAGAGAGACCCCAACGAACUGGUCGCCCAGUUUUCAGAAACGGUGAGGAACAUGUCACCGGAUGAUAUCCGGAUCCCACCCGAGCCGCCAGGACGCUGUUCCAACCACCUACAGGAGAAGAUCCAUAAACUUUAUGAACGUAAAUUACACGGUGACUUUGACACAAACAGCCACAUCCAGAAGAAGAAGGAGUUUCGCAAUCCCAGCAUUUACGAGAAACUUAUUCAGUACUGUGGCAUUGAUGAGCUUGGAACCAACUAUCCAAAGGACAUGUUUGAUCCGCAUGGCUGGUCUGAGGACUCUUAUUAUGAAGCUCUAGCCAAAGCUCAGAAAGUGGAGAUGGACAAGCUUGAGAAGGCUAAAAAGGAGCGGACCAAGAUCGAGUUUGUGACGGGCACUAAGAAGGGCACAACCACCAAUGCUGCGGCCCCCACUACCAACACAGCCAGCACCACGGCAACAGAGGCCCAGAAGAGGAAGAGCAAGUGGGACUCGGCCGUCCCGGUGACACUGGCGCAGCCAGCGCUGCUCACCACCACUGCCACUCUCCCCGGCGUCGUCUCGGUCACCACCACCGCCAGCGGCACCAAGACCACGGUCAUCUCUGCGGUCGGCACCAUCCUCAAGAAGGCCAAGCAGUGAGACGGCGUGGCGGGGCAUGGUGGUGUGGGGCGGGGCAGCGAGUCUGUGUAAAGGCCUGUGUGGGGCAGCCGCUGUUUUGGAAGUGGAGGGGAGACUCUGGAGGCGCCAUCGCCACGCCACCCCUGCUGGCCCGAUCUGCCCGAGCACGACGCUGAUCACGGAACACUUCUGUCUGAACACUCCCCCCCCCGCCCAGCUCCACUCUUUCUCCCACGUCAUCUAAUUUGUCUCUAACAGCCCCUUUCGCUUCUCGCUGAGUACUGAAUAGCCCUCUGUCAGGUUUGCCAGUUACAAGCCCUGGAAAGCAGACAGGAGCGUCAUCGGAAGCGCCUGGUUUCAUUUGUCUCUGCUCAGGAACCUAGAAAUGGGAAGUCGAUCCAUCUUACCGUUAAAAUCUUCUCACUGUUGUGUAUAUUUAUGUAGUUAUAUUGGCCGAUGGCGGUGGGGUCACAUCAUCUGUAUUUUUAUAGACAUUACAGGUUUCAGCUCAGUUCUGGGAUGAAUCUGCUGUUAAGAGAUUGGGUUCCUGUUUGAACCGGUCCAUCUGCCUCCUGAUCUGUUGGCUUGUACAUCAGUCUUGGACCCCCCACUCUUAUUUUUUUCUUUUUAUAAUUUUUUUGUCCUGGCAGUGAAACAGAGCGUCUGACAAGGUGUCUGACACAAUUGGAGAGAGGGUGCUUGGGGGGGAAAUCACUGCUGUUAAAAGACACCUUUUGAAAAUGUUGGAAUCAAGUGUGUUAGUAUUUUUGUCUCAUUUUAAUUGUUACUGGGAUUCUACGCCCUGGUAGUAUUUUUACACAUGUAUAUACUGCUUACUGUCAGUAAGGGAAAUAAAAAAAACUCCAUACCUUCUUUACAA